UGUCCGCGGCGCGUGCGGAGGAAAGGGCUGGCGCGGUUUCCAGGCCCUUCGGCGGUGGCCAUUGGUCCUGAUUCGUGCGCUGGGGUGCAAGGGCCUUCAAAGAAAAAAAAACAGUUUGAUUAUUAGAAAGCUCAUGUCAUCAGGAAUGCCACCAGAAAACCUUAAGACAACCAAGGUUACUGAUACAGAAGAAAAUGUGAAGUGCAACAUCGAUAAGGUAGAAAGCAAAGAAUUGCCAUUGGAAAAGAUGGAGAAUAUUGAAACUAUGUCAAAAAGGCAAAGAAAGAAGCUAAUGAAGCAGAAACAGUGGGAAGAACAAAGAGUCUUACGCAAGCAAAAACGUAAAGAAAAACGCUUGAAGAGAAAAAUGGAGCGCCAAUCUCAGCUGGAAUCAAAUGGUGAAGGAAGUGUCAGGAAACGUAUGCGUAGGGAUAUCGUUCCUAGUGCACUUCGGCUUAUUAUAGACUGCAGUUUUGACAAUUUGAUGGAGUUCAAGGAUGUCAAGAAACUUCACAAGCAAAUUCAGAGGUGUUACGCAGAAAAUCGUAAAGCACUUCAUCCUGUUCAGUUUUACUUGACCAGUCAUGGAGGGCAGCUGAAGGACAACAUGAAUGAAACAGACAAGGGAUGGAUAAAUUGGAAGGAUAUUCAUAUUAAAUCAGCUCAUUACAGUGAAUUGGUGAAAAAGGAAGAUCUUGUUUACCUUACUUCAGAUUCUCCAGAUGUCUUGAGUGAAUUAGAUGAAUCAAAAGCUUAUGUUAUUGGAGGUUUGGUUGAUCACAAUCAUCACAAGGGAAUCACGUACAAAAGAGCAAAAGAACAAGGUAUAAGCCAUGCACAACUCCCCCUUGGAAACUUUGUGAAAAUGAACAGUAGGAAAGUUCUGGCAGUCAAUCAUGUAUUUGAAAUCAUCCUAGCAUACCUGGAAAAGAGGAACUGGGAAGAAGCAUUUUUUACUAUCUUGCCACAACGAAAAGGGGCCACACUGCUGCAUGAAGUCACUGUUGCCUCUCCAGGCAAGCAGGAGGAGUCAGGAAUGAUUCAAGAUGAAGUCUCUGAAAGGAGCUUAAGUGUCAGUGAAAAUGCUAUAGAUGGUACGAGAUAGAAGGGUUCUGAAUACAGAAUUUAUGAGAUGAUGAUAUAGCUUGUCUCUUGGUUUCAAGCACUAAAUUUUUAUUGCCAAAUAUAAGCUGUAUAUUUACUUAAAAAAUAUUUAAUAGCAUUUUAAAUAUACAAAAGAAUAGUUGAAGGAGCUUAGAAAUCAAAGGAUGCCAAUAUUUAUUCAUUUUUUAUUUUUUAUUUAAUCUUUGCUGGAGGGUAUGUUUCUUAUUCUGAACCUCACAACAGAAUUUUAAUUAUAAUAAACAUUCACUUGGCUGAAAUAUGUACAGAAACUCUUGUUAAGUGUAAUGUCUUCUGGUUUCUCAUUUUCUUUGCUCUACAUUUUGCUUCAUGUUUGUAUUAUUUUAGUUCUUUCUUUAGUAAAGGCAUGACAUGACAAGAUCCAACUGCAACUGGAAUUGCAGAUUAGGGAGAUGAAGAGUAGUCUUGCAUUUCAUUAAGACUUUUUGUCUUUACCUCAAUCCUCUUAAUUCUAUUGAUUCCUGUACUGGUAGGAACAGGCAGAAUUUUUUUUUUUUUACAUUUCAGCUUUGAUGAUGUAAUCCUACUGCAGUUGACCUAAUGGCAUGCUUAAUAAUUUCUGCACUAAGAAUGCAAAUGGUGGAGCAUCAUCAGAAACAAUCUAUAGUGCAGCUUUUCAUUACGCUACUAACAUCUAGGUGUAAGGAGUUACCGUUGUAUGUUUUUUCCAUAAGGCUUAGGAGGUCUUUUCAUAUUAACCUUCAACAGUGUGAAGAGCUAUGCUCUCACAACUUCUGUGUUGCAAAUGAAUACAACUAGAGGCUCCAGUUUCCUCCCCACUUUCACUGAUAGUUUUGUUUUUAAUUGUUUCAGUUCUUCUUUGGCAAUAUUAAAACAGUUGAAUAUCCAGAAAGGCGCAUUUUCUAUGUACUAUAAUGUUGCAUGUCAUGAGGAAAAAAUCAGUUUGCAUCUUCAAAGUUACUUAGUUUUCAGUAGUUCAGAAUUACUAUAAAAUUCAGUUAUAUCACAAAAGCUUGAAAUCUUUUAGCCAAAUUAAGGAAUUUUUUUGAAGAAGUUAAGCAUAUGCCGAAAUUAGAAGUGCAAGGCUUUGUUUGAGGGGUAAUCAUUUAAAAAAGCUGACCAAAUAAAUUCUGCAAACAGUGUAAUAUGCUAUUAGACUUGAAUCCUUUUUUGCCUAUCUUAUUCAACUUCAUUUGAAAUUUGAAAUAAAAAAAUGUACAAUAUAUACAUUGCCAAUGAAUAAAUCAAUAUCAAACAGUAAA